UGGGAGAAAGGAAACAGUUUUAGUUUAGUUUAGAGUCCAAACCCAAUUCCAAGCUCAUCUUUUUCUAAUUCUCAGCUGCAAAGCAAAGACUCGUCUUCUUCAUUCACUGAUUCCCAAUCCCAUCCCUAAAAAUUCCAACUUUUUUCAUUUGAUUGAGCUAAAAAUUGCAACUUACAUAUACAUAUAAUAACUCGAAAACCUGUAUGGAUUGAUUGAUCGAUCGAUCUACGUAUUGAUCAGCUGGAUUGUGGAGCUGGGUUGUUGUUGUUGUAGUUGAACAUGCACGCUCGCCACCGUAGUCCCGGAAACGGGUACAGGUCCUCUACGCCGAACUCUUCUCGGAUCUCUCCGGACGCCUCUCUCCGCGGCGCUCAUUCAUUCCACGCCUCCUCCGACUACCGCUCCUUCAAUCGACCUCGUCCCAAUUCCACUCCCAAUUCCAAUUCUUUUCAGCCACCGCGCAAGGCUGACAUCUUCGUCGACGCCGGCCGCCUUGCCGCCGAGUAUUUGGUCUCCCAAGGACUCUUACCUCCAAAUGUUCUCUCUCUCCCCUCCUCCUCCUCCUCCUCUUCCAAGUGGUCCAACGGUUCUUUCAAAAGAAUUUCCCGGCCUCAGCCUCAGCCUCAGCUGCCCGAACCCGAAAGUUUUCAGCUUGGCCAAGAGGUUCGAACCUCCGCCCUUGCCCGGUUAGGGAAUGCGGUGCCUGAUUCAGCAGCAGGGUCAACUAGGAGAAGGUUUGUUGGGGAUGAAUUCGGGUUUAGGAAUAAUCCCAGAGGUCGGAGAAGACCGCAGUACCGAGGUGGCGGUUAUGGGUCUGAUUGGGGGAGAGAGUAUUCCGUUUCCAGGAGUGCUUCGUUUCAGGACCAAGAUAGAUUGAGUGAUGGGGAUUAUUAUGAACCUGAAGAUACUGUUUCCGACCACCAACCUAGUAAAGAUUUAGCAGUAAAGUCCGGUCCUUUUGAUUCAGCAGCAUCCAAAGCAGCUGCCGCACCUGAUUCUGAUGAUGUUGACUCCAAGCCCACUUCUUCCUCUUCCGUGGCUUGGAAUGAACCAGCUGAGAUCAGCCAGGAUCACUUCUUACAUGACAAAACAUCUGAGCUGAAUGAUGAUGCAGCUAGAGCUGGGAAAGUUGAAGAUGAUGAAAUUGAGAAAGAAGAGAAUCUUAAUCUCACCAAAGACUCAGAAGAUUAUUCCUCUAACAAUACUUCUACUGAUUUGUUAACAAUUUGCAAGUUUGCUAAGGUUCCCACUCGAAUCCGCUCCUCAUUGACAUCUAAAAGCCCAAAGCUUGAUCCAACUCCAACAACUGAGGUGGAACAGGAAACUACUUCUGCCACUUCGUCUGAUAGAAAAAUGGAAAUCCAAUUGGGUGAGGAUUCUCUUCCAGGUUCCUCAUCAAGCCAUCAUAGAACUCAUGACUUGAAACGUUUCAACUCAGAAAUACAUAGAGCCCAGUCUGCUGAAAAUGUGGGAGAAUCGGAUCAUUUGUAUAAUAUCCAACACAUUAAAUGCGAGAGAUCAGUGUCCAUGCCCAAUAGAGCUUUUGAGUAUGACAGCUCUGCUGAUAAAGAGAAUGUAAGGGGUGAGAAACGAGGUUUUGAGGAGGAAGAUGUGCUGGAGGGAGCCAAAAGACCAAGAGAUUGGCCUCCCUCUGUGGUUAUGGAGGCAGGUGGUUGUUUUGAUCUUUCAAAUUUGAGUGAAAAGAAUAUCGGUUCUUAUGAAGAUGGUAAGGGGGGCUCAUCAGGUGAUAGAGUUAUUGUGGAUGUUGACGAUAAUGAUAAUGAAAGCAACAACAUAGUGAGCAAUUUUCAAUUCUCAAAAGAUGGAGGAGGAGGUGAACCACGGCGCCUUGACUUUUCUCAAGAAAAACAACUCUUUCCAAGUUCAUUCAAAAUCUGUGACCUUAAUCUUAUGGAAGUUUCUGAGACUCAUGAGAAUCGUGAGAGUGAUCCAGUUAUCAUGUACCGGACUCUUUCUGAAAGGAGAAGAGAAGCAAAGCCAGUAGAUGUUGACUUGUCAAUGAAUAACUCUAAUAAUGUAUCUGGUGAGAGCAGCAAACGACCAAGUGACCAUAAGGAGAUUGAAAUAAUCGAUUUAGAAAAUGAUUCUGCUCAAGAGGACAAGGACUUAGUCAUGGAAGAUAGAAAGACAGAAACGGUUUAUACUGAUCUGGAGGAAAUUCCUAACCAUGCUCGGAGCACUGGUGGUAUUCCUGAUACACAAGAUGGUUAUGGGCUUAUGAUCUCAGAGUUGCUUGGAAAUGAUUUUCCAAAUUGCUCUGCAGUACCAGAACACAUCAAUCCUAUGCAUAAUGACAUUGGUCUUCACAAUGGAGAGGGGGCUAUUGGCGAUGACGAUUCGAUAUACAUGUCACUGGGAGAAAUACCACUAACUUUUUUGAGGCCCUGGGAGCAGCCACCGCCACAGGAGUAUGAAAAGCCUUUUUGAAGAAGAAGAUAAUAAGAGAAGUGUCUUUUAAGACAUAAAAAUUUGGUAUGUUUAUUAUUUGAUCAUUGGGGUUUAACCCCAUGUUGCAAACAUAUCUAUCUAUUCAAAAGCAAAAAUGCUUUGCUUUCUUGUUUGAUCUUGCUUAUCAAGGCUGCAAGUAAAUGUCUUUUUUGGCCAGAGGUUGAAAGAUGUUGAGAAUCUUCUUUUCUUUCUCUUUUCCUUUUCUUUUAAGAUUCCUCUGUUCCACAUCCUUGUUCCAAACUUGUAGCUAGAAAUGAUUAUCUCAUCUAUUAGCAUUUACUAUAUAAAAAAGUAGAAGAAGAAUCCAAUUCCUCAAUGGCCUGUCUUACUAAACAAAUGAUGUUAAACAUAGAUUUAUAGCUGAGGUUUGUAACUAAAUGAACUCAUUGAUUAUCAUAUAAUCAGCUGCUAAAUUUUUGUCA